AAUAAAAAUAAAUGUUUCCUGCGCGUUUAUAGAAAUCAGCUGGCAAUGAAAAAAAUUGCACAAAAGAAAUGAAAAUUGGUGAAAAUUGGUGUGAAAAAGUGCAAAAAGUGUGUUUAUUUGUGCAAAAAUGUGGACGCUAUAGUGCGUCGGUGUAGAUAGAAUGGGAUCACAGACGCUGGAGAUUCUGCGACAGGGAGUUUGGGCAUCACUCACGGGUGGAUGGUUCUACGAUCCAUCCUCAUGCAUUUCCUGUAACGCAAUCCACCUCUAUCUCUUCCUCUUCCUCCUCUGCGCACCCCUCGUUACGUACAUUUAUUUUGCCGCCACCGUGGCCACAUGGGCCUUUUACUGCAUUUCCGUGGCAUGCCUGGUCACUGUGCUGAAGAUUGUCAACAUGAUCCUCCAUGGGAUGUACGACAAGGCUCAAGCUACAUCUGACCUCAAUCGCAACAGCAGCAUUACGAGCCCCUGCAAGAUUCUCCAAAUGAAGGAUGAGGAUGUUGGCAUUGAGAUGCAGGUGAUGGGGAAUGACCUGUCUUCGAGGGUAUCCAUUGAGAAUCAAAGUGAUGACCUGAGUUGUGCCAACAGUGCAUUUUCCGUCGAUUAUCCCGAACAGAUUGCUAGUACAAUAGACUUCAAAGUAGACGUCCAUCGAAAGAAUAGCUCGGAAUCAAAUGAAAGUAUCGGGCUGUACAACAGCAGUGUCCUCCAAAGUUCCGUUGUGGUUGCACAUAGUGCUGAUGUGUGUCCAACUGCAUCGUACAGCGCCGCUGAUAAAGGGGCUGUUGCUGCAUCAGUAGCAGAUGUGGAAGCGAAGAUGGAGCAGGAGGAAGGAAAAGAGGAAACUCCGGAGCGUCAGCGAUCAUUUAUGCAGCGUCAGGCGUCGUUGGAUUCGGAGGAGGCUCGUCUCGAUCGGCCUGUGAUCUACCCUGUUAAGAUGCACUGGCACCGGCCAUCGGAUAAGGGAAUUGUGAAGACGAUGUGCAACAUCUCCAUGGGCUGCAUUCAUCCCUAUCACUACUACCAGGCUCCUGAUCGCCUUGGGGGGCUCCGGAUGUACGCAGAGCACGACUACACGACCAAAUCGGAGCUGGCAAUUGAGAAUUUAUCCGCAGCCGAUGCCAGGGCGCAUCAGCAAGCGCAAAUGCGGAGGGAUUCCAACAGCACAAUGUCUGCCAUUCAAUUGCCAAUCGCCAGCUCCAGUGCUGGGCUCAAAGGGCAUCCAAAUGCCGAGGGGACUAAAGUUCUCCCCACUACCAUAAUGACUGUCCGGAGGAUUAAAAGUGCCGCCAUUGAGACUUCCUCGCCGCAUCCUCUGGCCCCGUUUCCUCCCCAACCGAAUAGUGUGGAGGUAAUUGGGGGACAACCACUUCGCAAUCCCCAUCAUGUUGUUCUCCCGCCGCCCAGCAAGACUCUCUCUCGGAAUCCUCAUCUCAAUCUCUGCCCGAAAGAUGUCAAAGUAGGUGGGAACAUGUCUGAGCAGCUGGUGUACCCAAUUGCCGAGCAAGCGGAUGAAGUUGGUGGUGCGCAUCACAUUCGUCCGGCGUCCUUUGAGAGUAGCACCAGUGAUUCGGAAGAGGAGAACGAGGAGCCUCAUGCUAAGGAGGAGGAAGAGGAGGAGGAUGAUGAUGACAAGAAGGUGGAUGCAAAAAUAGCGCAGGAGCAGCAAUCAACGACAACUGAAAGUGAAUCGGAUAUUGAUAGAAUUCAGGCACAAUCCACAGAUUCCGAUACGGAGAAUAAUGGUUCGAGAUCACCGCUCUUGGAAUUCCACAGGAUUUCCGUGGAGAAUGUUGAGGAGAAGAGUUCAGGAGUGCGUCACCGGAAGGGCAAUGGGGCUUCGGGAAAGGCAGGAGAUGGGAAGAAGGGUGAUGAUGGCUUUGCACGGGGGAAUGUGCGCUUUGAAUCGAGCAAGGAGACAAGCAAGGGAAGCCCUUUUAGUGAUUGGGAGGAAGGUGCAAGUGCCAGCUCUAAGGAUAUGCUCCUGACCACCACAUCGCGUGAUAAGCCAAAGAAUCCAAUUUGGUUUGAUUUCAGCAUGGAUGCCAAUAAUAUUAGUGUUGACGUGACGACAGAAGCGGAAGAUGCGGCUAAGGAGCUGAGUAGGAGUUCCGAGGAGAGAAUUCCGGAGGAGGAGGAGGAGCAGCAGAGAGUAGCUGCGGCAAUGCCACGAAAUUUGGGGGCAAUCCCAAAGAUGGGAAAGAGAAUUGAAUCACGAAGACUGAGUGCGGGCGUCGAUGAGUAUCCACUGAUUGCACACAGUCGUGGAGCUAUCCGGCGUCCCACAGCUCCCGUGGAAGGGACUUCCGGACAAACGCCAAUAUUGACAUUCUUCAAUUCCCGUUCGGACUACCACAUGACGAUGUAUGGGCAGCAAAUGGAGUACCCCAUGGCGAGCUUAACGAACUUCCGACCGAGAAAUCUCGAUGGGAGCUUCCAUCAUCAUCAUCAUUCGACACAGCCCAAGAGGAAGAGAUCGCGCGAGAGGAGGCAGAAAUCAUUCGAUAGCUCCAUUGCGGGUGGCAGGAGUGAGACGAAUUUUGUGGGGAAUCAACGAGAGAUGGGCUUCGAGGGGGGUGCCAUCUGUGAGAAUUCCGUAAUUUCCAUUUCAAACUCCCUGUCAAUGCAUGACUUCAUGGACUCGGCGUCCAUACCGCAUGGCUUCGAUAAGUCCCUGUCUAGUCGUCCCUCCGUCCAGGCGGCCAUUCUCAGUAUUGGCAGAGUGGAGAUUGCCGAUGAUACCUUUGGGGAGAUGAGUCGCUUCUACCAGGAUAUUGCAAAACUCAAACCAAUGCCAAAGUACUACAAGCUCUCGAUGAACUUCCUCGGGCAUCACACGUUUAAAAUCCAAAUGGAUCGUCUGCAGCUGCUGGCGCUCUUUGACAGGGACACAGGGUGGUUCCAAGUCAUUCUUGCCACCAUACUCACGUUCCUCGUGAGUAUCCUGGGCGCCCUUGUGCUGCAUCUGGGCUUCUACGAGGACAUUUUUGCCUUUAUUUUCUGCUUCGUGAUUGCCGGGAGUCAGUAUUCGUUGAUAAAGAGUGUCCAACCGGAUGCAGCGUCACCAAUUCAUGGUUUCAACAAGACCGUCUCGUAUUCACGUCCCAUCUACUUCUGCCUGUGCACCCUCCUCCUCAUUGGGGCGCACAAAAUGUCCCGGCAGAGCCCCUAUGAUGAUGUCCCGGGGAAUGUUGAUCUCUUCGGUGGUACCAUCCACAGUAGGACCUUCUACGAGAUGAUUGAGUACAUUCUCUCAAUUGUCCUCCUCGCAUUUCCCAUCCUCUUCAGUUUGGGGCUCUUUCCGCAAAUCAACACCUUCCUCAUGUACUUCCUGGAGCAGGUGGAGAUGCACGUAUUUGGCGGGAAUGCCGUUUGCAAUCUCACAGCGGCCUUCUUUGCUGUCCUCAAGUCAAUCCUGGCGUGCAUUAUCCUCUAUGGGCCUGCCUAUGGGGGCCUAAUUGAGCCACAGGGUAGUCAACAUGUGAUGUUUUCCAUCUUCUGUGCCCUCCUCAUUCCAAUUGCGUACCAUCUUUCGCGCACGGCCAGUGAUCUCACGUAUGUGUGGUUACUCAUAAAGUCUAGCAUUCAAUUGCAUUCGGAUGAGGAUGAGCACGAGCCAAGUUCUGCGGAGAAAGUUAAGAAAUCUCCAUCGACGGAGUCAAAUUGUAGCAGUGGAGAAGCUGUCCAGGAGAAUCGAAGCCCAACGAAAGAGGAGGGCAGCAGUAAUGACAAUAAGACUGAUGUAAAUAGCAUGGAUACUCAUCCACCCCAGCCAACCACGGUGACGUCCACAUCGACGACGGGGCAGCCAAAUAUGCUGACCGACUCAGAGCUGGUGGAUCCACUGCCGAAGAAGAUGCAGAGUACGGUGAAUGCACGCCUGAAGCACGAUCUGCUCGUGUGCUGCGUCCUUGCCGUUGUCUAUCUCGGUUUGCACUGUAGCACGGUGUUCACUGUACUUCAGCCGGAUCUCAAUCCCGUCCUGCACAUCAUCGCUGGCAUCCUCGGCCUCGUGCUGCACUACAUUGUGCCACAAAUGCGCAAACACUGGCCAUGGCUCUGUAUGUCCCUGCCGAUACUGCGGCCGCAUGAAUUUGGGCAGUUUGAGCCACGUGGAGCGGCUAAAGUGAUGUGGUUUGAGAAGUUUAUCGUUUACCUCUGUAUGCUGGAGCGGAAUGUGCUGUACCCAAUUGUCUUCCUAAGUGCUCUCACCUCGGACUCCAUGAGGAUUGUGAGCAAGUUCGGGAUCUCCCUUGGGACUGUCUUCGUUGUCAUGUGUGGCCUCAAAUGUGUUCGAAGCUCCUUCUCUGAUCCUGGAAGUCAAUACUUGAUCCUCAUUUUCUCAGUUUUAUUUUUUCGUCUGGACUAUACGGCCUCCAGUGAGACUUUUCUCAUCAAUUACUUUUUUAUUUCAAUCAUUUACAAGAAAACUUGCGAUUUUCUUCUCAAGAUUCAAUUUAUUGUAACAUACAUUGCUCCGUGGCAGAUAACAUGGGGAUCAGCCUUUCAUGCUUUUGCACAACCCUUCAGUGUUCCCCAUUCGGCAAUGUUAUUCCUUCAGGCGGGUAUUAGUGCCAUUCUGUCCACACCACUCAAUCCAUUCCUUGGCAGCGCAAUCUUCCUCACAUCCUACGUACGUCCCAUAAAGUUCUGGGAACGUGACUACAAUACACGACGCAUUGAUCACUCAAAUACGCGUCUGAGUUCACAACUAGAACGCGAUCUUGGGUCGGAUGACAACAAUCUCAAUAGUAUCUUCUAUGAGCAUCUCACGCGAUCCCUGCAGCAUAGUCUGUGUGGGGAUCUGUUGCUGGGACGAUGGGGAAAUGUGAGUCAGGGAGAUUGCUUUGUCCUCGCUUCGGACUACCUCAAUUGCUUGGUGCAUAUCAUUGAGCUGGGCAAUGGGCUGUGUACAUUCCAAAUGCGCGGCCUUGAGUUCAGGGGUACCUACUGCCAGCAAAGGGAAGUUGAGGCGAUAUCUGAAGGUGUUGAAGAGAAUAGAGACUGUUGCUGUUGCUCUCCGGGACAUUUACCAUUUAUACUCAGCGUCAAUGCCAUGUUCUCCACACGAUGGUUAGCGUGGCAAGUUGUGGCGGCGCAGUACAUCCUCGAAGGAUACUCAAUAUCAGACAAUUCGGCAGUUGCAACACUCCAAGUCUUUGAAUUUCGUCGUGUUCUCAUCACAUACUACGUCAAAAGUAUCAUCUACUACACCGUUCAAUCCCCAAAGUUGGAUGAAUGGCUCAAUUCUCAGGCCAUACAGGAAGCACUGCAGAUUACAAUGGAACGUCAGUACGUGGAUUUGGAUCCGGUGUUUAAUCACAAUUUAGACGAAGACUACGACUUCCGUUCGUCGGGGAUUACAAGGAAUAGCUUCUGUAGUGUCUACCUGGGAUGGAUUCAGUACUGCUACAAGCAGAAGAGGAAAAGGGAAGCAAGUAAUGCAUCUGCGUCUUCCGUAAAUCAGUCACAAAAUCCUUCAGACAACAAAAUGGGUCACAAAGAAUCCAAAGAGAGCUCAAAGAACAAUGAUGAAUCAUCAAAUAUUGUGACAAAGGAAUCAGCUUUGGUAUCCCUGUGCUUGGCUCUGGGGAUCCUGGCACGAAGGACACUCGCAACGGCUAGCCAUAGUUCCUCAAGUGGUGUGGAAUUCUUCCUCCAUGGGCUACAUGCCCUUUUUAAGGGGGACUUUCGCAUCACCUCACACAGGGAUGAAUGGGUUUUUGCCGAUAUGGAUUUGCUGCAGAGUGUUGUGGCACCAGCAGUGCGGAUGUCCCUGAAGUUGCAUCAGGAUCACUUCCAGAAUCCCGAUGAUUACGAAGAUAAGGCUGCCCUGUACAAGGCUAUAAGUAUUCACACGCAUGAGCUGGUGAUUUCGCACGAAGCUGAUCCCCUGUGGCGCAAUGCUGUCCUCCGUGGGGUUCCAAAUCUCCUGGCGCUGCGGCAUGUGAUGGAGGAUGGAUCGGAUGAGUAUCGUGUCAUUCGCCUUUCAAAGCGCUUCCUCAGUUUCCGGGUGAUUAAGUUGAAUCGUGAAUGUGUCCGGGGAUUGUGGGCGGGGCAGCAACAGGAGCUGAUCUACCUGCGGAAUCGCAACCCAGAACGUGGGAGUAUCCAGAAUGCAAAGCAAGCACUCAGGAAUAUUAUAAAUUCAUCGUGUGAUCAACCGAUUGGCUAUCCAAUCUACGUAUCGCCCCUCACGACGUCGUAUGCGGAGACAAAUGAGCAGCUGUGUAGCAUUGUUGGGGGUUCGGUGAGUGUGAAGAAGAUCCGGAAUCUCAUCUUUGACGUGUGGAGCCGGGUGCGGCAGCGCUGUCGCGAAGGGUGCAGCAGUGGGAGUGCAAUUGAUAGCGAUAUGGGGGACAUUCAAGGGGUGUACUACAAUGCCCAAGUUCCGCAUAGUGUUACAACCAUUGGGGGUGGUAUAACGGGUAGUGGGGGUGGAACACUGGCGUAUGGGAGUCAGAAUUUGUCCGUGAGUGGGGCCACAACACGUGGAAGUCUCGCAAGUAUGGGAAAACCAACGAGUUCUACCCUUCUUGCGGGGAUAUUAAACAGGGAUCGCGAUAUUGAGCGCGAAGCCGUCCGUAGUGGUGCCAAGAGGACAUCGAGUCAUUCGCGGAUUAGUGAGAGGGAACGACGUGCCACGUUGCCGGCAACAUCGUCCUCCUCAUCGAGUACACGGGAUGUCUGUAGCAAGGACAUGCUGAUGGGCAGUACGAAUUCCUGCCUGAAGCAUCAGGAAUCCUUGGAUUUCUGCACAGCAGCAGCAUCAUCCACAUCACGUGGUGCUGCCACAUGGAAGUGCAGUAGUCGCAAAAAGUCCCUCUCAGUGGAAUCCCGGGAGAGUCGUCAAAAGUACGGAGAAUCGAGUAGGAGCACCGCAGAGGAGCCUCCGCCACCGGCUAAUAUCCCGCUCAAUAAAAAGGUCAUCAUUGUGGAUGCUGGAGAGAUUUAUGACUGCCUUAACCUCGGACGUCGCAUUGAUGUGUUGUGGCCGAAUGAGGAGAUGCGCCAGAGCGGUGGACGUUCAUCGUGGCGUGAUUGGUUCCCACAGGAGGGUAUGGUGGGCAUUGUAAGGCACUACUGGCAACCAAAUCAUGCAGACAGCAAAUUCCGUUCGAAUGUAAAUCGCACGCUGCUGCUCAUUCAAAUUGGGGAGCACUACGUGCCAGUUGGGCAGAAUGGUGUGAAGGAGUACAACAUGAUUAAGGGGGAAUCCGAUAGUUCGUCAAUAAAUUCGGUGCUCGUGGCAGGGGAGGAGAGUAGCAAAAAUGCAGUAGUGAGCUAAAAAUUCACGCACGCAACAAAGAUUCUUCAAAAGGAAAUGAAAUGAGAAAAAACAAAAUGAAACUUUUAAAUGAAAUUACUAGAGAAUUUAUUUAUUCAAAGAGACAAAGAGAGAGAGUGAGUGGGAGGAGAAAAAAUCUUAUUUAAAUUUAUUAACAUAUGUAUAAAGAAAUUGUACAGAAAUCAUGUUCAAAAGUCUAGUUAAAUACAUAUGUUAAAGAAAAAAUUAAAA